UAACGAGAUGCUCACGGGCUAGACGCUAGCCAGUUUUCUGCGACGUGCACACUGGACUUGUACUGGUUAUAUUGAUAGGAAAAUCGCACGUCGCGUCUCUAAAAAAAAUUACUAAACAGCUAGGGCCAUUUCUGUAGUUAAAUAUCAUUACACAUUCCGUAGUCUCUUCAUUCCCAUUAUUACAAGUUGCUCGUCAAGAUCUACAUUAUUUAUUAUACCAAAUCGGUGGUGUACAAUAGUCGAGUACGCAGGCUUUUUGGAAAAGAAACAGAAUUCACAACAUUUGUCAGGAUUAUACCCAUGUGCGAGCUUACAGUCCACUAGGCUCCAUACGUCUGCGAAAUUCUGCAAAAAUAAAGAAUACACGAAGGAGAAGUUGAUCAUAUCAUAUUUAUCAAAAUGCCAGCUCAAUUUGAAAGUGCAAACACUCCCAUUGUGAGAGAACCGACUAUGUUGAACAGCAAUACUAACGCAUACGAUGUAAAUAACGAAAUUGUCAUUAGCGGUUUUUCAGGCCGUUUCCCGGAAUCCUCAGACAUUGAAGAAUUUAAGAAAAACUUAUUCGAAGGUAUCGACAUGAUCACAGAUGAUGAACGUCGUUGGCCUGCCGGACUCUUUGGUCUACCCAAGAGAACUGGCAAACUGAAGGAUCUCAAAUCGUUUGACGCUACCUUCUUUGGUGUUCACGCCAAACAGGCUCAUGUAAUGGAUCCACAAUUACGUCUUCUGUUAGAAGUAGUUUAUGAAGCAAUUGUAGAUGCUGGUAUCAAUCCAAAUGAUAUUAGGGGAUCCAAAACUGGCGUAUUCAUUGGUGUCUCGUCGUCAGAAUCAGAUGAAUUUUGGUCUAAAGAUCCGGAGCAAAUUAACGGAUACGGAUUAACGGGAUGCUGCAGAGCUAUGUUUCCAAACAGGAUUUCAUAUACAUUCGACUUCAACGGUCCUAGUUAUGCAAUAGACACCGCGUGUUCUUCGUCUUUAUAUGCCAUGCAUCAAGCAAUUGUAUCAAUUCGUUCAGGUGAAUGCGACGCAGCUAUAGUCGGUGGUUGUAAUCUUCUUCUAAAACCUACCAGUUCUCUUCAGUUUCAUCGGUUAGGCAUGUUAUCUCCGGACGGUGCGUGUAAAGCGUUCGAUACUGAUGGCAAAGGAUAUGUUAGAUCAGAGGCUGUCUCGGUUCUUCUUUUGCAAAAAGCAAGGGAUGCACGCAGAGUGUAUGCCACUGUUUUACAUGCUAAGACCAACACUGACGGUAACAAAGCUCAAGGAAUCACUUUUCCCAGUGGAGACAUGCAAAAUAAAUUGAUGCGUGAAGUUUACGCGGAAGUAGGUGUUAAUCCUGCAGACGUCGUUUACGUUGAAGCUCACGGAACAGGAACCAAAGUCGGGGACCCACAAGAAAUCAAUUCGAUCGCAAAUCUGUUCUGCAAAGGUAGAAAAGGUCCUCUAUUGCUUGGUUCCGUUAAAUCUAACAUGGGACAUUCAGAACCUGCCAGUGGAGUAUGUUCUAUGGCAAAAUUGUUAAUUGCCAUGGAAGCAGGUGUAAUCCCGGGUAAUUUACAUUUCAAGAAUCCGAAUACAGAUAUACCAGCAUUGAGCGACGGAAGUAUACAAGUUGUUGAUAAGAACAUGCCAUGGAAAGGUGGACUUAUAGCGGUGAAUUCGUUCGGUUUUGGUGGAGCUAACGCUCACAUUCUUCUUCGUAGCAAUCCUAAACCAAAGUUGUCGCCAGUUUUAGACAAUAAAGUACCCAAAUUAGUUACCGUAUCUGGUCGUACAUCAGAGGCUGUGAACGUACUUCUGGACAAAGCCAAGGAAUACGAAAAAGACGAUGAGUUCAUUGCUUUGCUUCAUGAUAUUCACACGAAUAAUGUAGCAGGUCAUCUUUAUCGAGGAUAUUCCAUUAUGGGAAAUGUCAACAUUCGAGAAGUUGAUUCGUAUGUCAAUGAAAAGCGUCCUGUUUGGUUUGUAUUCUCUGGCAUGGGAUCUCAGUGGCCCGGUAUGGGUAAAGAUUUGCUCUCUAUCGACAUAUUCCAAAGAAGUUUGCGAAGGUGCGCUGAGGCUCUGAAACCUGAAGGAAUUGAUCUAAUGAAUCUUAUUCAAAAUGGAACAGCUGAAACCUUUGACGAAAAUGUUUUAUACUCAUUCGUGUCCAUUGCAGCCAUUCAAGUUGCUCUUGUAGACGUAUUAACGUAUUUGGGUAUUCAACCUGAUGGUAUUGUUGGACACUCCGUCGGCGAAUUAGGAUGUGCCUACGCAGAUGGCACUUUUACUCCGGAACAAACGGUUCUGGCUGCAUACUGGAGAGGAAAAACCAUCAAAGAUUCAAAUUUACAGCCAGGAGGAAUGGCUGCUGUAGGAUUAAGUUGGGAAGAAGCGGCAGCUCGAUGCCCACCCGACGUAACACCAGCUUGCAACAAUUCAGCAGACUCUGUGACAGUUUCUGGUCCAAUCGAAUCUCUCAAGAAAUUGGCAGAUGAUCUGCAAAAAGAUAACAUCUUUAUAAAAUUGGUGAAUAGCUCUGGUGUUGCUUUCCACAGCAAAUAUGUAGCCCCAGUGGGUCAAAAGCUUCGUGCAAUGUUGGAGAAAAUUAUAACAAAUCCGAAACAGAGAACUUCCAGGUGGAUUUCUACAUCAAUACCGGAAUCAGCUUGGGGUACCCCAUUGGCACAACUUAGUAGUGCUGCCUAUCACGUGAAUAAUCUAUUGUCGCCUGUACUAUUUUACCAAGCAUUAGGUCAUAUCCCAGAAAACGCGAUUGUUAUCGAAAUUGCACCACAUUGUCUAUUGCAAGCAAUCUUGCGUAGAUCAUUGCCCUCAACUGUGACUAAUAUUGGGUUACAUAAACGAGGUCAUGCAAACAAUCUGAAUUUCUUCCUAGAAAAUAUAGGAAAGUUAUAUUUAGCAGGAGGACAACCCAGAGUGUCUAAAUUGUAUCCACCAGUUAAUUAUCCAGUUGGUCGUGGCACACCAAUGAUUAAUAGCUUGGUUAAAUGGGACCAUUCUGUAGAAUGGAAUUUAGCUGACUAUGCAGCAACUAACGCAUCUUUUGGUGAAAAUGUAGUGGAAGUAAAUCUGUCCAAAGAAACAGAUGCUUACCUAGUUGGUCACUGUAUCGAUGAAAGAAUUCUUUUCCCUGCUACUGGUUACCUAGUGAUUGUCUGGAAAACCUACGCAAAAAUGCGUGGAACAGAUUUCGAGAAAUUGCCAAUUACAUUUGAGAAUGUAAAAUUCCAAAGAGCUACCAUUAUGCCAAUGGAUGGCACUGUGAAAUUUUCAAUCAAUAUAUUCCUGGGUACUGGAGACUUUGAGAUUUGUGAAAGUGGAUCUGUGGUAGUAACUGGAACAGUUUCUGUACCAGAAAACGUUGAUAAAAUGUUAUUAAAUAUGCCUGCUCCGAUUGUAAAAAAUGAAAGUACUGUUGUAGAAUUGAAUACAACUGACGUUUACAAGGAACUCAGACUCAGAGGAUAUAAUUAUACUGGAAUUUUCCAAGGAAUUAAAGUUGUCCAUAAUGGUGGUGUUUCUGGUAGACUUCUCUGGAAUGAUUGGAUUUCUUUCAUGGAUACCAUGCUUCAAUUCAGCAUCCUUGAAAAGGAUUGUAGAGGGCUAUAUGUGCCAGUUCGUGUGCAAUAUGUUGCCAUCAACCCCAUUGCUCAUUUAGAGUUUGUUGAAAAUUAUAAGGAAGGCGAGGGUGUUCCAAUAUAUUCUUAUCCAAAUAUUGGUGUUAUUAAAUCAGGCGGUGUUGAAAUCAGAAAGAUGAAAGCCUCUUUGAUUGCAAAGAAACAACAGAUUCGACCUCCUAAACUUGAAAGGUGUUUGUUCAUACCAUAUGAAAAUUCUCAACCAUUAGUGCAGGAUCCAGAAAAGGCUAAAGUCCAUGCUCUCACUAUAUUAUUACUAACGGCCUAUGAAAAUAUAAAAGGAAUCAAACUGAAAAUAACUGAAGUGUCUGGAGAUCGUCCUGUGGAUUCUUUAAUGUUGCCGUAUAUAAAGACAUGGUGCUCUCGGGAACCUGUAAUAAAUGGGGAUUUACAACUGGCUACAGUUUUGCGUAAAAGAUAUAUCAGCUUAAAACAAAAUAUAAAAAUUAUAAAAUGCAAUGUGGAAAAAGAACUAAUUGGUCAAGAUUUGCACAUUGCAGUAGCUAGCAAUGUAUUAACUGACAAUUCGUUGAAUGUAUUGAAAAAUUUGAAAGACAGUGUGAUAAACAGAGGAUUCAUACUUUUGGAAGAAACAGCUCAAACUGAUUUUAACGUGGUAGAUCCAGAUUUGGUGUGCGUAGCAAAACAGGUCAUUCCUGGAAAAUCUUACAUUCUACUCAAAAAGAAGGAAGUAAGACCAGAUCCUAUAGUCAUACAACUAACAGAAAAGAAUUUCUCUUGGGUAGAAGGUGUUAAGGCAGCCUUGAAAAAUGUUGUGGCUCAGAAUCAGAGACCUUUGUUCGUCUGUCAGGGUGAAGAAUUAUUUGGUAUGGUCGGAUUUAUGAAUUGUAUACUUAAUGAAGAUGGUGGUGCAAAAGCAUCUUACGUUUUCAUUCAAGACAAGAACAUGCCCAAAUUUAACUUAAAUGAUAAAUUUUAUGCUAAACAACUGGACAAACAAAUGUUCGCUAAUAUUUUGAGGGGAGGUCAAUGGGGAAGCUACAAACAUAUAGAAUUAGAUCAGGAAAAUGAAUCAUCUCUUCAAGUUGAACACGCAUAUAUUAACGCUUUGAACAGAGGUGAUCUGAGCAGCUUAAGAUGGAUUGAAAGUCCAUUGAGCUAUUACCAACUAGAAAAGUCCCCAAAUACAGAGUUAUGCUCCGUGUACUACGCGCCAUUAAACUUCAGGGAUAUCAUGUUAGCAACUGGAAAACUGCCGCCUGAUGCUCUUCCCGGAAAUCUAGCUACGCAAGACUGUAUAUUGGGUCUCGAAUUUUCUGGACGUGACUCGAAGGGUCAACGAGUUAUGGCUAUGGUGCCAGCACGUGGUUUGGCAACCACUGUUAUAGCUGAUCCUGGUUUCAUGUGGAAAGUACCUGAUAAGUGGUCUUUAGAAGAAGCAGCGACCGUUCCAGUCGCUUAUGCUACCAGUUACUAUGCUCUCUGCGUUCGAGGUCACAUGAAACCUGGUGACAGUGUUCUGAUUCACGCUGGUAGUGGAGGUGUUGGACAAGCGAGUAUCUCUAUAGCCUUACACGCAGGAUGUAAAGUAUUUACCACUGUUGGAACACAAGACAAACGAGACUUCUUGAAGAAAAUGUUUCCUGUAUUGACUGAUAGGAAUAUCGGUAACUCUCGAGACACUAGUUUCGAGCAACUGAUACUUAAUGAAACUAACGGGCGUGGUGUAGACAUAGUGCUUAAUUCAUUAGCCGAAGAGAAAUUACAAGCUAGUAUCAGAUGCCUUGCUCAAGGUGGUCGUUUCCUUGAAAUUGGGAAAUUCGAUUUGUCGAAUGAUUCGCCUCUGGGUAUGUCUGUAUUUUUGAAGAACGUUUCUUUCCAUGGAAUACUUUUAGAUGCAAUCUGCGAAGAUGAUGGCCCAGAGAGACAAGAAGUUGUAAGACUUGUCAGUGAGGGAAUAAAAAGUGGUGCUGUUCGCCCACUUCCUUCCACGGUCUUUUCAGAACAACAGAUUGAACAAUCAUUCAGAUAUAUGGCUACUGGUAAACAUAUUGGUAAAGUUCUAUUAAAGAUUCGAGACGAGGAAAAGCAGAAAGUUGUGCAAUCACCGCAAAAAGUAGUUUCUGCUAUUCCACGUACAUAUUUGAAUCCUGAAAAGUCGUAUAUAUUAGUUGGUGGUCUUGGUGGAUUUGGUUUGGAAUUAGCAUAUUGGAUGAUUUUACGUGGUGCGAAAUAUAUAAUCCUCACAUCGAGGUCUGGAGUAACUACAGGCUUCCAGGCAUUGUGUAUUCGUCGUUGGCGCAAUAUGGGUGCACACAUCAAAAUUUCAACGGCAGAUGUAACAACAUUGGAUGGAGCGAAACAACUUAUAAAAGAAAGUAAAGCAUUAGCCCCGGUUGGUGGUAUAUUCAAUUUGGCUGCUGUUUUGCGAGACGGCCUGAUUGAAAAUCUUACUGAAUCUGAUUUUGUAAUAUCAGCAUCACCUAAAGUUAAUGGAACCAAGAAUCUGGAUAUAGUAUCGCGAGAAUGUUCCUCAUUAGAUUAUUUUGUUGUGUUCUCAUCUGUCACAAGUGGAAGAGGCAAUGUGGGUCAAACUAAUUAUGGUCUUGCAAAUUCUGCUAUGGAAAGAUUGAUGGAACAAAGACAAGCGAAUGGUUUACCUGGCCUUGCCAUUCAAUGGGGAGCCAUUGGUGAUGUUGGUCUAAUUUUAGAGAAACUGGGUGGUUUUAACGAUACUGAAAUUGGUGGUACUUUGCCGCAGCGUAUACAAAAUUGUCUCGAUACAAUGGACAUAUUCCUUCAACAACCACAUCCAAUUCUGGCAUCGCUUGUUACGGCAAAUAAAGAUAAUACGGUAGAAAGCGCAAAUAAAGUUAGUGUUGUCCAAGCAAUAGCCAAUAUCUUGGGGAUUAAAGCAUUAGAAUCUGUUAACGGUAGUACUAGCUUGGCUGAUCUUGGAAUGGACUCCUUGAUGGGAACAGAAAUUAAACAAACCAUGGAAAGGAAUUACGAUAUAGUAUUAUCUGCUCUUGAAAUUCGUAAUUUAACAUUCGACAAGUUAGGAAAAUUAGACAAUACUUCUGGAGCAGAAGCAGGAAACGCUGGUGCUGAUUCAGAUGAUGAGGAAACCAUACAAGAUGCUGCUGGUCUGCUCUCAUUUGAAGGUACAGAGAUCGUACCUGUCAAGAUUAUUGUUCCACUCAGUACAGCGAAUUCGGCUGGGCAGCCAUUAUUCUUUGUUCCCGCUAUCGAAGGAGUUGCUGCACCAUUCAAAACUGUGGCCAGUGAAUUGAACCGACCUGCUUGGAGCUUCCAAUGUACAGAAAGCUGUCCAUUAGAAUCUGUAUCAGCAUUAGCGAAUUUCUAUUUGAAGAAAAUGCGGGCGAUUCAAACUGAAGGACCAUAUAACAUAAUAGGAUAUUCCUUUGGAUCUUGUAUUGGCCUGGAAAUGGCUGUUCAAUUACAGAAAGCUGGACAUAAGACAAACUUAACUGUCAUCGACGGCUCGCCGGAUUUCGUAAAAUUACAUUCUGUGGAACUUGGAAAGCGUGCUACCGAAGAAAGUUCAGAAGUGAUUACAGAUGGUUUACGAAAAUGUUUAGCAUAUUUUGUCAGGCAGUUCAGGAGCAACAUCACUUUCCUUAAGUUAUACGACAUGCUGAAAAAUAUAAACACAACUGAGGUUGUAUUAAACAAAGUGGUCGAAUUGAUAGACGACAAAAAUUUGGACUCUGAAGAUUUAAAGAGUGCUGCUCUAUUAUUCUACAAGAAAUUGAAGGCGGCUUUCUUUUAUAAACCAGAAAAAUAUGAUGGAGAUAUUGUAUUACUUAAAGCCAAAGAUAGCUUUGUUCCUCUAAACAAUGACUAUGGGUUAUCCAAGAUUUCCAACAAAGUAACAGUUAUAGAACUACCCGGAAAUCAUAGGAGCAUUUUAUUAGGAAAGAGCGCAUCACAAAUUGCGAAUAUCCUAGGAUCGUAAAAAAUGCAUCUCAACUUAUAAAAUUAUUUGAAGUUUAUUAUGAAGAAAUUAUUAAACUCAAAGAAUUUUCUAUAAUAUUAAUAUCAUUACUUAAAUGUACAUAAAAAGUUGCAUAGGUACAUUCCAGAGAACUUUCAAUGUACAUUGAUAUUGAUGGAGA